UACCUAACUAUCUGGAACCUCGUGACCUCGCAUGGCAACUGCCGGCCGGGAGCUGCGUCCUUGACGCGCCCAUCCCAACGCUGCGCCAGGUUGUUGCGCAUACAUCACAAAGGAAAAUCACACCUACACUUUUGCCAUCUACCGUUUGGUGCUCGUGAUAUUCCUGUGUCUUGCAUUGAAAACCACAAAAAUGUGCAAAAUAAAAAGCAAACGACGUUCUUUGAUUGUAAAUCCGGCUUUUGGGAUACAUUUCGCAGAUCAUGAAACCAGAAGGAGUUCAUUUCAACGCGUGGAAGAAGACGGGAUAUCUGAGGAUACCCCACUUAUAAAUAGAUUCCCAGGUUCACAUGGCAGGGAGAGAUUUGUAUCUACCAUCGUCACUGCGGGAUUUCUACUUGGGAUUCUAUUAACUGGAUUUAUUAUUGGAGUAUAUUUACUUGUUCUCCAAAGUAAUGCAGAUAAUAUAUUGCCGCCCAUAGAGGAUCCGAUUCCCCUCCUUGGUCAAGGUGUCGAAGCGAUUCCGCCUCUUGAUGCAAAACAUGUGGUCAUCCUGCAAACUGAUACAAGACAGUGUGUUAACCGCACUGAUUGUAUAGAUUUACUGACGACUGAUUCGCAAAUGGCAAACCAUACACUUCUAUACAAUUACUUAGUGUCGACUAAUGGUUUGGUGUUUGAAGCUCUUGGAUGGAAGAAAUCAACUUUGUAUGCCGAGCUUUCGCCUCUGAUCUUGGCGUUUAUAGGUAACUUUCAAACGGUGGAGCCAUCUGUUCUUCAAAUCGCGGCAGCAAAGAGCGUGAUUACAAAUGGAGUCAAUAAUCACCGUUUGAACACAACAUUCAUUAUUAUCGGGAAAACAAUUAAGUAUCCCCCGAAGAAAUUGUUUGAAGCUCUCUCAAAAUUACCACAAUGGCGUUUGACCUAUAAUUAAAUUAAAAAACUGAUUCCCUACUGAGGAAAGUCAAUUUAAAUGUCAUUGUUAUGGCCAAUCUCAAAAGUUUAUACGUCGAUGUUAUUCAGUUCAUUCAAUGUUUUGUCAUAUUUAUUUAUCUUUGAAGCGACACGGACAAUACACGACGAAAGAUUCCUUUUCUUUGCUAUGGUAACGAUGUUUAUAUGAAAUAUCUCUCGAACGGUGAAGGAAAGGGUACGGGAUGCUGAUCAUCUACUCGCCUAUUAGAUUGACAAAUGACCAUAACAGAUACAGAAAUCUGAGACCUAGACCUCAAAGGAUGUAGCGCCACUCGUUUUUUUUAUAUUUUAUCAGUUUUAUAUAAUUCUUCUUCUUAUAGUGCCAUCUCCUUGCGAAGGUUGGCGAUCAUCAUGGCUAUUUUAAUUUUGGAUGCCGCGCUUCUAAACAAUGACUUGGUACUUUGACCAAACCAUUGUCUCAAGUUUAUCAGACAGUUUUUUUUUUAUAUAAUUGAUUUAAAUAAAGUAUUAAUUUGUCUUUUUCAGUAUUGUAUUGCAAAUUGUUCCAAACUGUAUUAAAUAAUUUUUUGUCCCUUUCUAAUUGGUACCAAACUGAUAAAGACAAAACAUUCAAGAUACUUUAUGAAAAAUUUGGUAUAUAAAUUAUUGAGAUUUGCCAUAUAUCUUUGUAUGUGAUAUUAUGUUAAAUGUUAUAUGACUGUUCGAAGUUUAGUAGGCGGGCUGGAAGGUUCGUUGGCUAACAUAUAUAUGUCUACUGGUGGCUACAAUAGGCGCUACUGGUAUUCAAUUAAUUAAUUAAUUUUGGAUAACCAAAAAGUGAAGUUAAUUAAGAUAGAUGAGACCCUAAACAUCAAAGGAACAUAAUGGACAUACUCAAAUAGUUGAAUAUUUGGCUCUUUUCAAACUGUUCAAUAGUAAUAAAUCCAAAAAUGUUGAGCUGAUGAAAAGGGAAACGCAGGAACUGAGGCCUAUUUAGAUGCUAAAGACAAAUUGUAU